GGUGUGUAUGACGCCACAUCCGGCGCGCGGCGGAACUGAUCCUCCUUCGCUUCCGCGGCGGGGCCGGAAGUAGAAGCGGCGGUGGCGGCGGCCCAAAGCCGAGGGAAGGAGGAAGGCAGGGAGCCCGGGAGCGGGAGCCGGAGUCGCGGCGGCGGAGACCCCUGUGCGGUGCGGAGGGGGCGGCGGCCCCGGCUCUGACCCGCGCCGGGGGGUGGGCCAUGGCGGAGAUCAGCGACCUGGACCGGCAGAUCGAGCAACUGCGGCGCUGCGAGCUCAUCAAAGAGAGCGAAGUCAAGGCCCUGUGCGCUAAGGCCAGAGAGAUCUUGGUAGAGGAGAGCAACGUACAGAGGGUGGACUCGCCAGUCACAGUAUGCGGUGACAUCCACGGACAAUUCUAUGACCUCAAGGAGCUGUUCAGAGUGGGUGGCGACGUCCCAGAGACCAACUACCUCUUCAUGGGAGACUUUGUGGAUCGUGGUUUCUACAGCGUCGAAACGUUCCUCCUGCUGCUGGCACUGAAGGUUCGCUAUCCUGACCGCAUCACCCUGAUCCGGGGCAACCACGAGAGCCGCCAGAUCACCCAGGUCUAUGGCUUCUAUGACGAGUGUCUGCGUAAAUACGGCUCGGUGACUGUGUGGCGCUACUGCACAGAGAUCUUUGACUACCUCAGCCUGUCGGCCAUCAUCGAUGGCAAGAUCUUUUGUGUGCACGGGGGUCUCUCCCCCUCCAUCCAGACCCUGGACCAGAUCCGGACCAUUGACCGAAAGCAAGAGGUGCCCCAUGACGGGCCCAUGUGUGACCUGCUCUGGUCUGACCCUGAAGACACAACAGGCUGGGGUGUGAGCCCCCGCGGGGCUGGCUACCUGUUUGGCAGUGACGUGGUGGCCCAGUUCAAUGCAGCCAACGACAUUGACAUGAUCUGCCGCGCCCAUCAACUGGUGAUGGAAGGUUACAAGUGGCACUUCAAUGAGACUGUGCUCACUGUGUGGUCUGCACCCAACUAUUGCUACCGCUGUGGGAAUGUGGCAGCCAUCUUGGAGCUGGAUGAGCAUCUCCAGAAAGAUUUCAUCAUCUUCGAGGCUGCUCCCCAAGAGACCCGGGGCAUCCCCUCCAAGAAGCCCGUGGCCGAUUAUUUCCUGUGAUCCCUCCAACCCCUGCAACCUCCAGCCCCUCUGGCCCUCGGACCACUGUGACUCUGCCCUCUUCUCCAGACAGAGGCUGGGCAUCGGGGGUGGGGGGGCUGUCUCGGCUCUGCUCUCCCCCCAAAGAGGGCACUUCGAGGGUGAGGACUUUCUCUGGAGAGGCUUGGAGCCUCAGCUCCAUGCUCCUCUCCUUUCUCCCCACUUGAACCAUGGAGUUUCCAAUAAUUUUUUGGUUUUCUUUUUUCUUUUUCUUUUUUUUUGUUUGUUUUUAGAUAAAAAUUUUGAGAGAAAAAAAGAAAAAUUCUAAUAAAAGGAGAAAAAUGGUA